AUGGUCAGAGUUGCUAUUAACGGUUUCGGUAGAAUCGGUAGAAUUGUCUUAAGAAUUGCUUUGCAAAGAAAAGACAUUGAAGUUGUCGCUGUCAACGAUCCAUUCAUUGCUACCGACUACGCCGCUUACAUGUUCAAGUAUGAUUCUACUCACGGUAGAUACCCAGGUCCAGUUACCCACGAUGCUACCUCCAUUAUCAUCGAUGGUAAGAAGAUUGCUGUUUACCAAGAAAGAGACCCAGCUAACUUACCAUGGGGUAAAGACAAGAUUGAUAUCGCUAUCGACUCCACUGGUGUCUUCAAGGAAUUAGACUCUGCCCAAAAACACAUUGACGCUGGUGCCAAGAGAGUUGUCAUCACCGCUCCAUCUUCUACUGCUCCAAUGUUCGUUGUUGGUGUUAACGAAGAAACUUUGAAGGCUGACCAAACCAUUGUCUCCAAUGCUUCUUGUACUACCAACUGUUUGGCUCCAUUGGCUAAGGUCAUCAACGAAGCUUUCGGUAUUGAAGAAGGUUUAAUGACCACUGUCCACUCUAUGACUGCUACUCAAAAGACUGUCGAUGGUCCAUCCCACAAGGACUGGAGAGGUGGUAGAACUGCUUCUGACAACAUUAUCCCAUCUUCCACCGGUGCUGCCAAGGCUGUCGGUAAGGUCUUGCCAGUCUUAAACGGUAAGUUGACCGGUAUGUCUUUUAGAGUCCCAACUGUUGAUGUUUCCGUUGUCGAUUUAACUGUUAAGUUAGAAAAGGCUACCACCUACGAUGAAAUCAAGAAGGUUAUCAAGGCCGCUUCUGAAGGUAAAUUAAAGGGUGUCUUAGGUUACACUGAAGACUCCGUUGUUUCCUCUGAUUUCUUGGGUGACUCUCACUCUUCCAUCUUCGAUGCUGCCGCUGGUAUCAUGUUAUCUCCAAAGUUCGUUAAGUUGGUUUCCUGGUACGAUAACGAAUUCGGUUACUCCACCAGAGUUGUCGACUUAGUUGAACGUGUUGCCGCUUUGAUCUAA